AUGGCAGGGUAUCCCGGUUAUUACUGGGGCGUAGGCAAGAACAAGAAGAAAUCGCCUAAGAAGAAGGAGACACUUCCAAGUCAACCAUAUGACAGCGUAAUACUGGAUCUCAAUAAACAAAUAAAGGAAGUAAACAAGAAGAUCCAGGGCGAGUUCAAAAAAACUGGUGUUAAAUUGGAUGACAAUCAUCCUUUGAUAGUAAAGCAGAAGGAACUACUUACUGCAAAGGCAGCCAGACGGGAAGAAAUAAAUAAAAAGACGAACGAUAACGAGAGACAGGAAGGCAAAGAAUUGGACGAAUGGAUUCUCGUUAAAAACGAUAUUUAA